UGACAUAUGUGAUGUGACAUUUAAAAAGUCUUCGGUCGAAAGAGCUGAGAAGGAAAAUAGAAAAUUGUAAUAAAAAUAAACAUUCAGAAUCCGUGUAACGUGUUUUGUGUGGUUUUGAUGAAAUUGAGUCAUUUGAUAUUCAUACAAUAAUUUCCGUGCUUUCAUAUAAGUGGUUAAUUGAAUAGUUAUUUACGCCGGCUCUCAUAGAUUGCUUGUUGUAAAUAAUAAUACAUAAAUUGCAAAUAAUAGUUUGCAUGUAAUGGGAGAUAGCGACUGGAGACCUUUUAUUUAUGGCGGCCUCGCGUCUAUCGUCGCCGAGUUCGGUACAUUCCCCAUUGACACAACAAAAACUCGUCUGCAAAUCCAGGGUCAGAAGAUAGACCCUCGGCAUGUCGAGCUACGUUACACUGGCAUGGUGGACUGUUUCGUGAAAACUUCCCAACAGGAGGGCAUAAAGGCACUGUAUUGUGGAAUCUGGCCGGCGGUGCUCCGGCAGGCCACGUACGGCACCAUAAAGUUCGGCACGUACUACUCGCUGAAGCAGGCGCUGGCGGCGCGGCGCGCGGACGGCGGCUCCAAGGAGCACCUGCCCACCAACACGUUCUGCGCGGCCUUCGCCGGCGGGCUGUCCAGCGCCAUCGCCAACCCCACCGACGUGCUGAAAGUUCGCAUGCAGGUGGGCGACGAGAAGCGCAGCCUGGUGCGCGGCUUCGCGGAGAUGUACCGCGCGGAGGGCGCGCGCGGGCUGUGGCGCGGCGUGGGGCCCACGUCGCAGCGCGCCGCGCUCAUCGCGGCCGUGGAGCUGCCCGUGUACGACGCCUGCAAGCGCCGCCUCACGCCGCCGCUGGGCGACGCGCCGCUCAACCACCUGCUGUCCAGCCUGCUCGCCAGCCUCGGCAGCGCCGUCGCCAGCACGCCGCUCGACGUCGUGCGGACGCGACUGAUGAACCAGAGGAAGACUAAGGACGGCGCGGCCGAUUCCGGCGUGAGGAUAUACAGGGGGACGGUGGACUGCUUCGUGCAGACGGUUCGGAACGAGGGCUUCCUGGCUCUGUACAAGGGCUUCGUGCCCACGUGGCUGCGGAUGGGUCCGUGGAACAUCAUAUUCUUCAUCAGCUACGAGCAGCUCAAGCGAUUGUACUGAGUAAACUGAAAGAGCCGCGACUAACAACGCGGAGCGCCGCCCACCGCGCACUCGACGGGGCGUGAUGUAACAAUAACGCGCAGGUCUUUCGUAGCUGAAUUCUAGUAUUUAUGUUGUCCAAUGCUUUAUAUACCAUUUAGCAGAAUUAGAGGUUAGGUUAUAUGUUUAAAAAUUAGUAAUUAAUAUAUUAAUCUCAAUAGUAUCUCGACUCGGCUGUAAUGGAACGCUUACACGCUAUUUUCUUCCGACUUAGUAUUUACAACUCAAAUAUUAGUUACAAGCAAAACCGUCGGCAGACGUCGUCUGUCCUUGAUGUUGUAUUGUAUAUGGUCUAUUCCAACCACAGACAAGCCAAAUGACGUUUGUCAUCGAAUGGACGCGAUGUCAUCGGCCGAGAGCUCGAUUAAUCUCCGAUAUUAUGAGUCUGAGAAAAAUGGCGUUUUGAACGCCGACGAAUCUGCUAUCGGAACUUUGGACGUUAAAUUAAUGUGAAUAUAAUUAGUUAAGUGCAAUAACGUGUAUUAUAAGUAAAGGGUAUAUUAAUCGAGAACUGUUAGUAGUGCACAAUAAAGCGGAGCUUAUAGAAAUGUCGCGUGAAAACGUAACUCUGCGGCGGCCUGCGGAACGAACUCUAUAAAACGUACUGAAGGCUUUCAAUUUGAUUUAAUUAGUAUGAAUAUUAAUUCAAUUUAAUUAUAGUUAGUGCUUUCAGACGAUGUUGUAGUAUUUACGUGUCAAGCCAGAUAAUAUUUACUGAUGGUAUGACUGAAUGAUACGACUGACCGACCGACUGACUGAUUUACUACGAAAUCUCUUCCUACUGAUUUAACAACUUCGGAUAUUUCACCAUGUACGCUUCUGAAGCUUCUCGGUGCUAGAGUAGCGUGAUUUGGGGGUUCAAGUUUAUGUAAUAAUAACUUUAAUAACAUAUAAUUGAACGAUACAAGGGCUUGGCAGUCUUCAAGGACCGUUUUUAGAGUUUUUAUUUACAUCGUGAAAUAUAAAUGUCUAAUAAAGCCAGAUCUGCCAGUUUGUCGCAUACGGUAGGCGGAAUGGUUUAUUUUGAGUGAAUAAUGGACGCUACUGUUGCCUUUUUUAUGGAGAAACUUUUGGUAUUAAAUAUGCUUUUGAUUAAGCGUGAGCUUUCAUGCUAGUAGAAUUUCUCCAGACUGUCCAAGCUAAAACAAACCCUUUGUAUAUUAUUUAAUAAUCAAAUUUAUAAAAUAGUAUUUUACGAAAAAAUAUUUAUGACGUCUGUUCAUAUAUCGUGACGUGCAUUAAGCUUCAGUUCUGGUUGGUGCGGCGGUAAUAAUAACAUAGUCGAUAUCAACUUUUCGGUCUGUCGUGAUCACUCUUGACAUAAACGAGGCAUUUAUGCAAAAUAAGAUUUCAUUUAUUCGUCGUCGAAUGUUGACAGGCCAUCUUGUAACAAGUGUCAUCGACGUGUUUUUAAGUCGACGACAGUCAAAGCUACGAAUGAGGACGUAAUGCCACAUAGUCCUUCUCGUUUAACUCUGGUAAUAUUUUAAGACUAAUAAUAGUUUAUGAGUAAUAAUUUACUUAUUGAAAAUUGCACGUCACAAAUGACUUCCUAUUAAAAAAAGUUGCCGUUUUUUUUCGGUUUUGUUUGCAUAAAUCAUCCGUUUUAAUUCGUUAUUUAUUUUUAAAUGUUUGAUUAACUUUUGACAUUUUAUAUGAUUGUAUUGAAAUUUUGUUUAUUAGAGUAAGUUAAGUAUAACCGUGAAACAUAUCAUGCUAACGAGAUUAAGGCACCAAGUGCAUUUAGAUGAUGUUUCCUAUUAAUGUAAGGCAGGCGCUACACGAGAGAUUCAAGCUAAUAUUUCGAUGACUUCGUUUGCAGAGCUGGUGUAAUCGAAUCUGCCAGACGUGUGAUUUAUUUGAAAUCAUAGAUCAAGUGUCUGGUGCUGUACAGUGGAAAUUAUUAUCAGUAUAUCUUGUUUUUAUCUUAAGCAUUUAAAAUAUUAAUAAAAAUAAAAUUGCGUGCUGCUAUAACUAACAAUAAAGGUAAUGCCAAAAAUCAUUUGUUACUAGCAUUUAAAAAAAAUGCUUUUACCUUUUGUAGUUCUACGAGUGACUGCAGUGAUAGUUAUCUGUAUUUAUGGGACCUGUUGUUAGGAAAGAAGGAAAAUAAAAGAUGUAGAUGUAAUAACACAAUUACUUCAAUUUAAAACGUAUUCGUGUCUAAUCAUUAAUUUAUAUUAUUUAUUACAAAUGCUAGGAAAAUGGGACCUUUUAAAUCUGUGUUCCAUUACACGAAGUGUCAGAAAAACAAUAAGAAAUAAUUUUAAGAAAAUAUAUAAAUAAUGCUUGUAUAAUGAGAAGGUUGAUACAAAAAAAGACGUUCAAAGUUUUACGAAUAAGUACGCACUACUAACAUUGCAAUGUCUGUUUAAAGCUCAGUAACACAAUCAAAAUAAUUAAAUUUAUAUAUAUUAAUUACUCCACGAAUAAAACACGUCUCAUCUUUUUCCAACGGUACGACGGUUAAUUCUAAUUAGCAUUUCUUAAAUACGACUUCUCAUCAUUCGCAAUCAUUUUGGUUACAAUGUAUCAUAAAUUAAUGUAAUAUAUAAACAAAUUAACUAAAUAGUUUUGCAAACGGUACUUUCACACGUCACUUGACAUGUGACGCUCCAUUCUAAAAGGUCUUGUCCUCGAAGCAUUUGGUAUGGACAGUAUAACAUUUAAUAUACUUAAGUAUUUAAAAUAAAACAAUGUACGACUUUUGUUAUUUGAAUUUGGGAAGUGAUUUUUGAAUGGAAAUUAUACAUUACUCUGUAUCUUUAAUGGCCUCCAUAGUUUAAAAUAACUUUGUUAAUAUACAUUUAAAUAAUGUCCAUUUAAUACAACUUGAAAAACUCAAAAUAUUCUUCCCUAAAUUAAAUUAAUCUACGUUCCUAUUUCCUUAAUUGUUUUAGAUGAUUUUUACCAGAAAAUUUAAUAUUUAAAUUGUUAAUUUUAGUGUUUUCCUAAUGUAUAUAAUAAACUAUUUUUGCUUAAGCGAUCUGCCAAUUUGUAUUUAACAUAAAUAAGUAUGUAUUCUAUGAGAUCGGUUUUACGGUUUUUUUUUUUCUAACUGUACUGGAUGUUUUAGAAAUGUCGAUUUACUUAGAACUGCGAAUUUGAGCUUAAAUAUUCUGUAUUUUGGAACUUGCUUCUCAUAUGCCUUUACUUUUUAAAUGUAUAAGUAGAUCAGAGGCCAAAUAUUUUGUUAUACUGUAUUAUUCAUAAUAACAUUACAAGUACCAUUGAUAAAGUUUAGAAGCGUUUUCUUAAAAUACCCUCAAAUAAUUGUCUAUAAUUAAGGUAAUUUAGAAGACUCCGUGCUACUAUAGUAUAAGUAUGUGUUAUAAACACGCUGUAACUGUAAAUGUGUGUAGGUACAAAUUUAGCUAAAUUUAUAAUCGAAUAAAUAUUAUUUUGGUGUUGA